UGUGUGGCCAAGCGCCCUGUAUCGGCCGAUGCAUUGGCUUGCCUCCCGGACGAUCGCCUCUCCAGCACCAAGCCGCCAUGAACGCAGCCAAGGAGAGCGACUGGGUUGAGGAGGAAAGCGUGUCGUAUGCUGUCCUGGACUUUGGCGCGGAUCUGCAUCCCGUAGCCCUUCGGAGAGUCAUGGAGGACUACAACGGCAUGUCGGUGGUGGGCAUCGAUACAGCCACGCCAUAUGUCCGGCUCGGAAACAUGACGUUCCAAGGGGUGCUCGACCAAGCUAUCGGCACCGAUCUGCUCUUUGAGCAGCAGACCGACACCCACGGCAACGCAACCCACAAAUACGUCGGGAACACAUCCAAGAAAAUCCGAUUCCAGCGGGUGGAACUGAUCGACAAGACCGGAUCAACCAAGAAAUCGAACGAUGCUCCCAACGCAUCGUCUUCAUAGCACCCAGCGCAUCGUCUUUAUAGCACAGGGACCACGGCUCCCAGCCCACCUUCACGGAUGGCAUGGUGCUGGAUCGUCCUGGAUACCGCCCGGCGCAACGGAGCUCCAUCGGGCCGGACGAUACGAUUUGGACAGCACAGACGCACUCGCCCAGGGCUCCUUCGCCAUGAUCUCGCCAUACCGGCGUCUGCAAUACAGCCUCUCAGCAUUCGCAAGUGUCCGAUAGCUCCCGCAAGCGUCCGUUGGCAGCUGGAGAUGUACAUUUGUGCUUGUCUGUCGGGUGCUGAGAUGCAGGCGCUGGAUUGGGUCUGUAUAUGCAGCCUGGCGCGAAAUGCCGGAGGGAAGUUAGUCAAGUGGUUACGACGGUGCACUUAAGAUGCCCUCACCGCAAGGUGGCGUGGGUUCGAACCCCACACUUCCCAACCUGAAGCAAUUUUGCUCCGCCCUGCUUUUGCUGUCCUCCUUUUGCCGUUCUUCUUCUGCGAGACACAAGCAUG